AUGCCCCAGCCCUUCCCAUCCCUUGACUUGUGCCUCCAUCCCCAGCCUCCCCAGUGGGGCCAGUGGCCUCUCCCAGCAGCACCAAAUCCAUCCACCACUUCCUAAUGGGAUCACACGGCUUGGUAGGCAAAAAUGAGGUGUGGGUGAAAGCACCUGCAUGGAGCUGUUGGGAAAGCCUGGAGGCAAGAGGGCUCCAUGGGCUGUGCCACCACGGCUGGGCUAUAAAUGCCCAUCGAGCUCUGAGUGCAGCACCCUGGCUCCUCGCUGCUGCCUGGUCCCUGCUGACCCUGGUACGCAGGAGGCUGGCGAUGGCGUGUCCCCUGGAGCAGGCGCUGGCCGUGAUGGUCACCACCUUCCACAAGUACUCGGGUAAGGAAGGAGACAAGUACAAGCUCAGCAAGCAGGAGCUCAAGGAGCUGCUCAACAAGGAGCUGCCCGUCUUUGGGAGCAAGCAAAUGGAUGAUGCCGAGUUCAAGAGGCUCAUGAACGACCUGGACCACGACAAGGACAGCGAGGUGGACUUCAAGGAGUACGUCUGCUUCCUGGCCUGCAUCACCAUGGGCUUCAACGAGUUCUUCAGGGACUGCCCCACCAAGCAGCUCCGCAAGAAGUGAUCCCAUAGGGGCUUCCAAUAAAAGCUUUCCCAAA